CCAGACUGACCGCAUCCCGCAAGCCAGCGGACGGAUAUAUAACAUAGCACGAAGUGACUUCUAAUCCACUCCAGACGAAGGCUUUGCCUCUUCCUGUACUAUUCACCCCAUAACUACCCCUUAUCACUCUACACGACAAAACGGAGAUCUCUGAAACCUCCAGCGAAAUGAGUCAUUCUAGUCUCGACUACCCGGAGAUGAAGGAGCUUUUCAACCGCAAUCUUAAAUGGUCUGAAAAUGUCUGGGCGAGGGACCCUUCUUUCUUCCCGCACCACUUUCCUGGCCAACGACCGGAAAUCUUGUGGAUUGGUUGCUCUGACGCGCGCGUUCCCGAGACGACCAUCCUGGGCUGCCAGCCUGGGGAUAUUUUUGUGCACCGAAACAUUGCAAACUUGUAUUCACCUCAAGAUGAUUCACUCAACGCGGUGUUAAUGAUAGCUUUGUUCAAUUUCAACGUCAAGCACAUUGUCGUCACAGGCCAUACAAACUGCGUAGGCUGCCUUACAGCUCUCAAUGUUUCUCGUCUCCCGGCCACGCCUCCUACAACCCCUUUGCAGCGUUAUGUCAAGCCGCUCGCCACACUCGCCCGAACAUUGUAUACUCCUGACGGCCCUCCUACUUUGGAUCUAUUAGUGGAGGAAAAUGUGGUGCAACAGGUGAAGAACCUAGUAGAAAGUGAUAUAAUCAAGGGCAACUGGAAGAAACGAGGUGCCGAUGGCGUUGUCAUCCACGGUUGGGUAUAUCAUCUUGAAGAUGGAACUAUUCGGGAUCUCAACGUCUCCGUGGGACCAUCUGGGCAUAUCCCAGGUAAAAAAGUGAAGAGCUUAUUCUAGGGCCAGAUGAGUGAAAGCGCCUUGUUCCAUGUAUCGCUUUCGGGUGAAUAUCUGGCCCCAUUAUCAUCUAUUCGUAAAGUUGUUGUUCGUCAUUGUACAUCCCGUAGAGCUCUUGGUUUUCUUUUAAUGAUGUGAUAGGAAUGAUACCAAAACAGAUUGUAUGCAUGCGGC